CAUUGAAACAUCGCUGCGGUCGUGCUAUAUUGUGUAAUAAGUAUUUUGCCAAGCACUGCUAAACAUGAGGCAGUUAUAUUUACUUUCGUUUUUAACGGGCUACCUGGUAGCUGUGACAACGGCAGCAUCGAACCUAGUGUGCUAUUAUGAUUCAUCCAGUUAUACGCGCGAGGGUUUGGGCAAGCUGUUGAAUCCAGAUCUGGAGAUAGCCUUGCAGUUCUGUUCGCACUUGGUUUACGGAUAUCUGGGCAUUCGUGGCGACAACUACCAAGCAUAUAGCUUGAAUGAAAACUUGGACAUCUAUAAACAUCAAUUUUCGGAAGUAACAGCUUUCAAGCGAAAAUAUCCACACCUUAAAGUUCUACUCAGCGUGGGUGGUGAUCGUGACAUCGAUCCGGAGCAUCCAAACAAAUACAUUGAGCUUCUCGAAGGAGAGAAGCUGCGACAGAUAGCCUUUAUCCAAUCGGCCUACUCGUUGGUUAAGAACUAUGGCUUCGAUGGCUUAGAUCUAGCUUAUCAGUUUCCCCGCAACAAGCCCCGAAAGGUGCACGGCGAGCUGGGUACGGUCUGGAAGAGUUUCAAGAAACUCUUCACUGGCGACUUCAUAGUUGACGAAAAUGCGGCCCUGCACAAAGAGCAGUUCACGGCUUUCGUGCGAGAUGUGAAGAAUUCCCUACGUAACGAUGGAUUCUUGCUCAGUUUGACGGUGCUUCCCAAUGUCAACUCGACGUGGUACUUUGAUAUACCUGCAUUGAACGGACUCGUCGACUUCGUCAAUUUGGCUGCCUUUGAUUUUCUAACACCUGCCCGUAACCCCGAGGAAGCGGAUUAUACAGCUCCACUAUACGAACUGCCAGGCCAAAAUCGUCUACCCCAUUACAAUGCCGACUUUCAAGUCAAAUAUUGGCUACAACAGGGAUUCCCCGGCAGCAAACUCAAUUUAGGUGUUGCUAGCUAUGGAAAUGCCUGGAAGCUGACUAGCGAAUCUGGCCUGGAAGGUACACCUGUGGUGCCACACACCGAGGGAGCUGCCCCGGAAGGCUUGCAAUCACAGAAGCCUGGGCUGCUCAGCUUCCCAGAGAUCUGCUCCAAGCUCCCCAAUCCACAAAAUCAAUAUCUCAAGGGAAAUGAUUCGCCAGUGCGACGUGUGGGUGAUCCAUCGAAGCGCUAUGGUAUCUACGCCUAUCGCGCCGUUGACGGAGCCGUAACUGAGGGUCUUUGGAUCAGUUACGACGACCCCGAAGUAGCAUCUAACAAAGCGGGCUAUGUGCGUGCCAAUAAUUUGGGCGGCAUAGCUCUAUUCGACCUGAGCUACGAUGAUUUCCGUGGCCAGUGCAGCAAUGACAGAUACCCAAUAUUACGCUCCAUAAAGUAUCGCUUGUAAGCUGAACUGUAUAUACAUACAAAUA